UAUCAUUCAAGAAUUUUCAACUAUUUGAGCUGACGAGAAGCCGUACUCAUUCAAUUUUAAAGACAUUUUGGUUCACAAUGCCUCUUCUAUACAAUGGAACAUCAAGCCAAAGAAUUUCUGACUCGAGUCAUGUGGAAGAUAGACCAGCUCUGGCUAUAGUGGGACUUUCCUUCGAAUUUCCCGAAGAAGCCACAUCUAGCGAAAGGUUCUGGGAAAUGAUCGUCGAAGGUCGAUGUGCCAGUAAAGAGAUACCUGGAGACCGGAUGAACAUUGAAAAUUAUUAUCACCCUGAUGAAACGCGCGCAAGCACGAUUGCAGUUCGGAAAGGACAUUUUGUAAAAGAGAAUAUAGGAGCAUUCGAUGCUCCGUUCUUUUCCAUCAACCCCGGGGAAGCAUCUUCUAUGGACCCUCAGCAUCGUCGGUUGUUGGAGACGGCGUAUCAUGCUUUGGAAGACGCGGGUAUUCCAAUAGAAAAGUGCACAGGAUCCGAUACUUCGGUGUACACAGGAUGUUUCACCAACGAUUACAGCACCAUUCUUCAAGAUGAAAUUCAUGAGAAAGAGCAACGGCACGCCGCAGUUGGUAUUGCGACAACAAUGUUGGCGAAUCGAUUGAGUUGGUUUUUUGAUUUCAAGGGCACGUCGAUGAAUGUGGACAGUGCUUGUUCUAGCAGUCUUGUUGCCCUCCAUUUAGCAUGCAAGGACCUCCUCUCAGGAGCCAGCUCAAUGAGUCUCGUUGGUGGUGCCAACUUGGUCUUUCACCCCAACUUCAUGAAGAUGAUGUCCUCUUCCAGCUUGCUGUCGCCUGAUGGUAGAUGCUGGAGCUUUGACGAACGCGGAAAUGGAUAUGCUCGCGGAGAAGGCAUGGCGGUCAUGGUAAUCAAACGUGUCGAAGAUGCUCUCCAAGAUGGAGAUACCAUUCGUGCAGUGAUACGCAAUACCGGGUCCAAUCAAGAUGGGAAAACUCCUGCAAUUACCCAACCCAGCUUAGAGUCUCAAGUCACCUUGAUUGAGCGAACAUAUCAACAAGCUGGCCUCAGUAUGGAACCGACUCGCUUUUUUGAGGCACAUGGAACGGGAACUGCGAUCGGAGAUCCGACUGAAGCCAAUUCUAUUGGACAUGCCUUCCGUCAUUGCCGCUCAAAAUCAGAUCCAAUUUACGUUGGAGCUGUCAAAGCUAAUGUCGGCCAUUUGGAGGGUGCCAGUGGAAUGGCAAGUGUUAUAAAGGCACUGCUUGUUCUUGAAAAUGGUGUAAUUCCUCCAAUUGCUGGUUUAGAAACAUUGAAUCCCCGCAUAAAUGCAGACCAAUUGGGUCUACAUUUCCCCAGAAAAGCGACUCCUUGGCCCACUGGCGGUCUCCGCAGAGCUUGUGUGAACUCAUUUGGGUUUGGGGGCACGAAUGCAACUGCCAUUCUCGAUGACGCGUAUCACUAUCUGAGUUCACGUGGCUUACACGGAAACACCCGAACUCGCGUUGUUCCGCCUAGUCCCGACUCCGUCGCAAAUACUGAUCACAAUCUUACAACUGACCCCACGGAUACUGAUGAAACCGAUUCCGAGAUCACCCCAGCGGAUGCGAGAGAAAAUGUUCUGCGAGUCCUCGCCCUGUCGGCCACUGGACAAUUACCAUGUCAGACAGUCGCGUCGCAAUAUCGAGAAUACCUCGAGAAAAAUCAACGGGAAAUUGACGACGUAGCCUAUGCACUAGCUGAGAGGAGAAGUCUUUUCCCGUGGAGAUCAUUCAUCAUUGCUGAUUCAUGCGGCACCAUUAUCCAUGAUGAAUGCAAAUUGACAAUUCCAGUAAAGGCGCAGAGCGAUGCGCGGGUGGCAUUCAUCUUCACCGGACAAGGUGCUCAGUACCUGGGAAUGGGACGUGAACUUUCAUGUUACCCCAUCUUCCAAAAGACGCUCCAUGCGCUUCAAAGCUAUUUAGAUAGCCUUGGAGCGACGUGGUCUCUCGAUCAUUUUCUUAAUUCCCAAGAAAGUUCUCUAUCCAUCGACGAGCCACAAUACAGUCAACCAUUAACCACGUGUCUUCAAAUUGCGCUGGUGGAUCUCAUGAAGAGCUUUGGAAUCUUGCCUACCAUCGUCGUUGGGCACUCAUCAGGCGAAAUUGCUGCCGCAUACACAACUGGUAGCCUGUCGAUAAAAUCUGCCGUGAAGAUCGCGUACUACAGAGGUCUAUUAUCGUCUAACCUUGCAAGUAGAAAAGCGAAUCUCUCUAUGAUGGCAGUUGGGGUAUCAAUAGACGAUGCGGUUUCCUAUCUUGACGAUUUGAAAGGUCGCGUCGGCGAUCUGCAAGUUUGGGUUGGUUGUGUCAACAGCCCCAAGAGUGUGACUCUUACAGGCGACGUGGGACAGUUAGACAUAUUGCGGAAGUUGUUUGAUGAAGACUCAAUAUUCUCUCGGAGACUUCAUGUCCCAAUGUCUUACCACUCACCUGUCAUGGAUGAAGUCUCACUCGAAUAUCAAAAGGCCAUGGAUCGAUUGGAGCCAGGAGAACUUGUGCAACAGACCCCAAUGAUUUCAUCAGUGACACGAGAUGUCGUGGACACUAAGUCUCUAUGCCAGCCUGACUAUUGGAUAAAAAAUAUGACAUCUCCUGUUGAAUUCCAUGGAGCUUUGGCUAAAGUCCUUGCCCAAGCUGGCAAAGGAAAGCGUCCUCGGAAGCGAUUAGGUCAAAAAGGCCAGCACGAUCUUUCCAUCACACAUAUUAUUGAGAUUGGUCCUCAUGGAGCUCUGCGUGGGCCUAUCGGUGAAAUCUUGAGAAAUGAUUCAGAUGUGGAGAAACCCGUGUAUAUUCAAGCCCUGGACCGCAAAAGCCGUGCUGAUCAAUCCUUACUCGUUGCCAUUGGGAAGCUUCACUGUGCUGGAUUUUCUGUGGACCUUCGUGCAGUGAAUCUUAUCAAGAAGGCGCCCCGUCGCAUUCCACACAGCUUGCCACCAUAUCCAUUCAACCAUACUCAGACAUACUGGAAUGAAGGACGCCUCAGUAAGAGACUUCGAUUUCGAGCCAUGGCCCGCCAUGACUUGUUAGGAACACAGAUUCUUGACUGGAAUCCCGAAGUCUCGCAGUGGCGAAAUACAAUCCGCUUGAAUGAAGCCCCAUGGCUUCGUGACCAUAAGGUUGACGGCCAAAUCGUUUUCCCCGGCGCAGGCAUGGUGGUGAUGGCUAUAGAGGCUUUCCGACAGAUUCACCCCUCGGGUGUUACUGGUAUUCUCCUCAAAGAUGUCGAUUUCUCGCGGGCUUUAACUUUUGGUGACAAUUUGACUGAAAUCGAAACUUCCUUCCUCCUAUACAAGACAGGGAGUACCUCCAACGAGUCGAAUUGGUGUCAUUUUAGACUGUUUCUAAUCGACAGUGAAGUCCAGGUGGAGUGUUGCUCUGGAUUCAUCCGAGGAGAAUUCGACCAGAAUAAUUCUGCUAUCGACUCCUCUUUCACGUUUUCGAGGGGAACUCAAAGCUGGGCCAAUGAGGAAGCAACAGCACAUGAUGUUUUUGAAGACCCCUACAGCUUGAUUGACAAAAGUGUCGUGCAAUAUGGUCCCUCUUUCCGCGUCUUGGAAUAUAUGCAGCUUGGGCCCCAGAGAGAAGCUAUUGCGAAGAUCAGUACGGAUAAGUGGAAGAUUGGCCAGACAAGUGUCCAUCGGAACCAACAGUAUACUAUCCAUCCAUGCACUUUGGAUGGUCUUGCUCAGGUGAUUCUUAUUGCCCUAUUUUGUCAACAGAACGAGAUAUUGGGCAUGGUCCCGAGACGCGUGUCUAGUAUCUGGAUUGACUGUCGCAGCAAUGCUCUAUCAAGCGGGAAGAAGCUUCUCAGUACUGGAAAGUCUGUUAAUCUCGGACGUCGUUCUGCAACUGGAAGCGUUAUUGCUACAACAUCGAACUUCGAGCCUGUCACCAUCAUUGACAACCUGGAGGCAUCGUUCAUUGAAGGUGGAAGAAACAAAGACCAGAGUGAAGAAAAACUUCGUCUACUGUGCACUCGGGUAAAAUGGAGACCAGAUAUUGACCUGAUGAGUUCCGACCAAAUAUUGAAAGAGAUUAGUCAGGGGAGGCCAAAAGAGCCAGCGUGCACCGUCCCUCGGCAUGAUGACCUCGCCCUUGCCACCUUAUGCUUCGUGGAAGAAGCCGUUAAAUACCUUCAACAACACCCAUCUGUUUACAUUCCGGAGUAUCUCAUUCGUUAUACACGGUGGAUGAAGUAUCAGCAAUCUCUUUAUCAUAAUCAAAAACUUCAGCUCGAAGCAAAACAGCUUCUUGAUCUGCCAAUGGCACGACAAGAGCUAAAUGCCAAAGUGGAAGCUUCUGGUAUUGAGGGUCGCCUUACUGUGCAUGUUGGUCGGAAUCUCGUCUCCGUACUAACAGGCGACGCCGACCCGCUAGAUCUCAUAUUCAGGGAUAACCUCGCAGACCUCUACUAUGAAGAGAUGCUUGCAAACGAAUACCAUGCCUAUCCCGCUUCUUUUCUCAUGGAUCGCCUGUGUUUUAAAAAUCCAUGUAUGCGUAUCCUUGAAAUUGGAGCCGGGACUGGCGGUCAAACACUACGCACUUUGGAAACAAUUGCCUCGGACGGCAUAAAAAGAUGCGAUCGCUACGUUUACACGGAUAUUUCUCCGGCUUUUUUUCCGCGGGCAAAGGAAAAGUUCCAAGACUAUGCAGACAUCUUGGAAUUCAAAGUCUGUGACAUCUCCAAAGACCCGACCUUUCAAUUGUUCGAACCGGCGACGUUUGACCUUGUUAUUGCUUCACAUGUACUACAUGCAACCAACAACAUCGGUGAAUCCCUCCAGAACAUUCGCACGCUCCUCAAGCCUGGAGGCAAGCUUCUCCUCUUCGAGACUACUCAGCCUGACUCUUUACGUGGUGCCUUCGCCUUUGGGCUACUCAAGGGUUGGUGGAGCCCAUUGGACCAUGAACUGCGAACCACCUAUAGCCCCUGCUUGCCAACUGCUGAGUGGAACGAGAGGCUACAAAAUAGCGAAUUCUCUGGUGUUGAUCUCGACAUUCCUGGCCAAGAAAAUGAGAAAUCUCGUUUUAGCAGCAUUUUGGUUUCCACUGCGGUAUCAUUGAAAGAUGAAAAGGCUUGUCCGGAAAACAAAAUUUUUGUUGUGAGGGAUUCCUCGUCAUCAUACCAAAACCAGGUCGCAAAUUUCAUUGCAUCCAGGCGGUCCACAUCAAUUUUCACUCUUGAAGAAAUUUUGAAAGUGGAUAUCUCAACGUCCACGACUGUGGUAUUCCUCAUCGAGCUACAGGAGAUUUUCCUUGCUGAUAUAUCACCCGCCAACUUUGAUCUUCUGCGAGAAGUUCUCAUCAAAACUCAGAACGCUAUUUGGAUCACAGAGCAUGUGGGGGAGUUGAAACUUCCUGGGCUAAGUCUUAUUGAAGGGAUUCUUCGCUCUCUUGCUUCAGAAGACAGUUCUCGAAGGUUCAUCACCUUAGCACUUGAUGGAUCUGAGACAGAAGAGCAGCUCUUGGGACUGGUAUCGAGACUCUCUCACAGCAUUCAAAACAACCCAGUGAAUUCCAUGGAAACGACAUACUCCUCCGACAAAGGGAUACUUCAAAUACCUCGUGUGUGUGAUAAUGGCUUUCUGGACGAUCAAGUAUCGUCGAUGCUCAAGCCCUACAUGCAGGAUGAACGGCAGCUUGGCCCUGAUGUACACGCUUCCAUUCAUAUUGGUAAUCUGGGCGCUCUUCAUACGCUGGAAUACCUGGAGAGUCCCCAGCCUCCCACGCACAACGAAAAUCAACUAUUGGUCAACGUCCAGGCGGUUGGAUUAACAGGGCAAGAUUACGUUUCUGUAAUGGGAGGCAUUGACCGAUGGACGAUUGGUACAGAGUGCGCCGGUGUGGUACAAAAAGCGGGAGUCAAUACUCCAUAUCAGCCCGGUGAUCGUGUUUGCGCUAUUGGACAGGGCUUAGCUAGCACUUCGGUAUGUGUGAACGCCGAUGCAGUGGCUACAAUACCUCCCGAAAUGAGCUUCUCAGAAGCCGCGUCACUCCCGACUUCCCUAUGGCUAGCCUUCUACUCGCUCCAUAAGCUUGCAAAUUUGGAAGAGGGUGAGUGGGUACUAGUUCAUCAAGCGACUAGUUGUGUUGGUCUGAUUCUGAUUCAAAUGGCCAUGAAGCGCGGAGCGCACGUUCUAGCUACAGUCAGUUCGGCUGCCAGGAGAGAAUUAUUGUGCGACAAGUUUGAUCUCUCGCCAGGCAGAGUGUACCUUUCUGAUGAUGUAUCCAUGUGCCGUAGCAUCAAGGCUAUUACCCAGAAUUCGGGCAUUGACGUUGUGGUUGGGUCAUUGGCCAAUUGGAACGGACCAGAUCUUUCAGCCUGCCUGGCAGCAUACGCUCGCGUCAUUGACAUUGGCAACAUCAGCGGUGGCUCCACCGCGUGGGAGCCUAGGCAGCGAGCUGUUAAUAUUUCGCGAGCUACUGUUAGCUUGGUUGAGUUGCUUCAACACAAUCCAGCUCUUGUCUAUCGUACAUUCAAGCAAGCUGUCAAGUUAUGGUUUGAGAAGGCUGACAUGAAAUCACCGGUCUUGCAUCUCUUUGCCGCCAAUGAUUUAGAGACGGCGUUCUCUCAGAUUCGUCAAAGAGAACGUAUUGGGAAAAGCGUUCUUGAGAUGAAACAAGGAAUUACUAUCAAAGUGAAGACAAAAAAUAAAUCCAGCUAUGAAUUUUCCGGCAAUUCUACCUAUGUGAUAUCUGGUGGGCUGGGAGGACUUGGUCGCCAUUGUGCUCGAUGGAUGGUCAGCAGAGGAGCUCGCUAUCUGAUUCUUCUUUCUCGAUUUGGGCCCAAGACCGCUGAAGCAUACAAGGUGAUACAUGAACUGCGAGAGCAAGGCGCUACCGUGGCGGCGCCUCAGGUUGAUGUCGGAGAUCUCUCCAAGCUAAAGCAAGUUUUGGCUGAACUGUCAGGUACCAUGCCACCUAUCCGUGGGUGUAUUCAAGGAACUCUUGUCCUGCGAGACAAUUUGUUCGAGAAUAUGACUUAUGAAGACUGGAAAGUGAGCACUUCUUCGAAAGCGGAGGGCUCCUGGAAUCUUCAUUUAGCAAUGCCUACGGAUCUGGACUUCUUUAUUCUCCUGUCUUCUAUCAACGGUAUUUUUGGCGGUAGAGGACAAGCCAAUUAUGCAGCGGGGAAUUCCUUCCAGGAUGCCCUCGCUCAUUACCGGAUCUCGCAGGGCCAGAAAGCUGUUACCAUUAACUUAGGUCUUAUGGGCAGUGAGGGUGUCAUUGCAGAGGAUGAAUUUCUUCUAGCCUCUGUACGGCAAUUCGGGCACUUGAUGGAGGUCAGAAAUGAGGAGUUCAUUGCUUUGCUCGACUUCUAUUGCAAUCCCCAGUUGCCGUUGCUUCCUCGCGACGAGGCUCAGCCUGUGAUAGGCAUUGAACUUCCGACCGUCAUUGCUGCCAAAGGCGUGGACCUCCACCAUACAAUGCGACGUCCGAUGUUCAGCCAUCUCUUUCGAAUGGGCCUUGAUAGCAAUUCGUCAGUGGUUAACCAGGGUGCUGCUAAAGGAUCUAUUGAUCGCCCUGCUGCGCUUAAAUCAGCCUCACCAGAGGAGGCUGCUUCUAUGAUCACAGAAUGGAUUGCUCACAAGGUCGGCCAUAUUUUGGGGAUACCUGCGACCGCUAUCGAGAGAGAUAGCCCACUCCACGCCCAUGGAAUUGACUCCCUCGUCGCAGUUGAUAUGAAGAAUUGGUUCAUGAAUGAAAUUGGGGCAAACUUCACAGUAUUCGACAUAAUGAGCAACUCUCCCAUCACGCAGAUGAGCGUUAUGGCGGCCGAGAAGAGUCGCUUUCGGCAGUAGUUAGAUCCAACGUCACUCUUUACCUUUUCACAUGCAAGCAAUUGAUUGAUUUCUGUUACGAUGAAAAUAAUUGACGUUAAACACCCCACAGAGCGCUCACUCUCCCACUCACUGAAUCAAAAUCUUCAUCAUUCUACUUCGAAUUUUCUCUUUCAUGUCCUUGAAAACUGGAACGAAGACAUCUGGAUGCAAUAACUUAGCAAAGCAGUGUGUAUUUAACAAGAAAAAACUUAGCUGAAGAGGGGACAGAAAGGAAGAAGAGGAAGGUAAUGGAAGUGAAAGAAACGGUAGGCCCAAUUAGGGCGGCGAUCACCACCGUAGACUAGUCAAU